AAUGACAUUAACAAAGAUGGCGGCGAGUGAGCUAGAAAAGUGAUGAGAGCAACAAACGAUCUAACUAUAUAACAGUGUAUUUAUUAACUUUUUGCGACUCUUCCGUGCCGGCACUCUGCUUUGGCACCGGGAGGAAUACAAGCAUAGUUUGAAGGCUCUUGCGGGUCACUGGAGAUACAACAUUUAGCCAGCUGGAACUGUUUGCCAAGUAGCAGUUGAAGUAGCUAGCGGUGCUAGCGUUAGCUAACUGCGGAAGGCAGGGGACGCGGUUCGAAGUACACACCGACACAAGUCAAGCUGAAUUUUGUUAAAAAUCAGCUUACUUUCGCUUGUCAACAGUGUCGCCAGACGUAUCGGAACUGCACUGCGGAUCAAGUCGCCUCAAACAGGAGUCGGAAAGCAACCACAGUGCCGAAGAGCAAAGCUGUAAACGACGUUUUCUUAGCUGACCUGACGCCAUGGCUCACUCCCCAAUACAAAGUGGGCUUCCAGGGAUUCAGAACCUGAAAGCUGACCCAGAGGAGCUCUUUACCAAGCUGGAGAGAAUAGGCAAAGGCUCUUUCGGCGAAGUCUUUAAAGGCAUCGAUAAUCGGACUCAGAAGGUGGUGGCCAUUAAGAUUAUUGACCUGGAAGAAGCAGAAGAUGAGAUAGAGGACAUCCAACAGGAAAUCACCGUUCUCAGCCAGUGUGACAGUCCUUUUAUCACCAAGUACUUUGGAUCCUAUCUCAAGGGAACAAAAUUAUGGAUUAUUAUGGAGUAUCUGGGCGGAGGAUCUGCCCUAGAUUUGUUGGAACCAGGUUCCCUCGACGAGACCCAAAUUGCCACGAUUUUGAGAGAAAUCCUAAAGGGGCUGGAAUAUCUGCACUCGGAAAAGAAAAUUCACAGAGAUAUUAAAGCAGCCAACGUGUUACUGUCAGAGCAAGGUGACGUGAAGCUGGCGGACUUUGGUGUGGCGGGCCAGUUGACCGACACCCAGAUAAAACGGAACACGUUUGUUGGUACUCCUUUUUGGAUGGCACCUGAAGUCAUAAAGCAAUCGGCAUACGAUUCAAAGGCAGACAUCUGGUCGUUAGGAAUAACAGCAAUAGAGCUGGCAAAAGGCGAGCCCCCCCACUCGGAGCUCCAUCCCAUGAAGGUCUUAUUCCUCAUCCCAAAGAACAAUCCCCCCACGCUGGAAGGAAACUACAGUAAACCACUUAAAGAAUUUGUCGAAGCCUGCUUGAAUAAAGAGCCCAGCUUUAGACCGACUGCCAAAGAGCUGUUGAAGCACAAGCUGAUUGUACGGCACGCCAAAAAGACGUCCUACCUGACGGAGCUGAUCGACAGGUACAAGAGGUGGAAAGCAGAACAGUCACGGGAUGAGUCCAGCUCCGAGGAUUCAGAUGAGGAGCCCCAAGGCCAAGCGUCUGGAGGCAACGACGCCCCCAACGAUGACUGGAUCUUCAACACCAUCAGGGAGAAGGACCUGAAAAAGGUUCAGAAUGGCGCCGUGCAGCCUGCUGAGCUGGAAAUGAAACCGGAGCAGGAGAGUCCAAAGAGGCCUUUGUCACAGAGCUUAUCGUCAAUCUUCUCGCCAUUGUUUUCCGAGUUGAAAGACAAGGGUGAAACCAGCAAUGGCAAGCCUGAGGCUGCAGAGGCGCUGCAGGAGGCCAUUUUCCUGGCUGAAGACAUCCAUCCAGGGGUGUGUGACUCACUGGUGGCUGAACUGGUGCAAAGACUUCAGAGGUUUUCAGUGCCACAGGCGGCUGCCACGCACUGAGGAGAAGCACAUCCAGUUCGGCUCCAAUCCACCACCGGGGCGGCCCCGCGGCCUUCAGACUUCCACAACAGAUUUACGUCUCUUGUCACUAAUUAGCCCGCUAGUGCACAAGCACACCACUAGAGGGCCCUGUGCUGCGAGCACUGCGAGCAGCCCGGUGUUUUCCGCUUGAGGAGAGCGGACCUUAGCCGUCUUUUUUUUUUUUUUUUUUUGAGCUUUUAGUUUAGGUGAGUUGCGUGUGUGAAACGAGUGCUGCGAGACGUCCUUUUGAAAACUCAGGUAUCCUGCUUUUGAAGGUCUUGUGGGAGGUAAGAUGAGCUCGACGGGAUGGUUGCUUGUACAGACUUGUAAAUAAGCACAUUUCUACAGAUAACAGUAGUGGUUGUACAAAUGGCCAAAUGCAGACUGUAGAUAUUGGUUGUGAGGUAAAUAUUUUCAGACGAGAAAAGGCCAUACAUGAGAUUGCCUUGCCUUCUUGUUCUUUUGUAUAUGAUCACUCUUUCAUUUUGUCCAUUUUAAUGACUUGUAUGUUUCUCAAAUCACCUUAUAGUGUCAAACCCCAUUUGCUCGAGCUGUAAUUAUUUUGCAGAAUGUAACAGUAGCUCACAAAAGUGACUACAGCCCUCACAUUGCAGCAACCAUAUUUAUGGCAGUACUCUGGGUGGUCCUUUAGUUUCUAAAUCAACUCCUACGUUGCCCACACUGUACUCAAAACACAGAAAGAACAUAUAAAGAUACAGUAAAAAUAAGAUUAAAUACAAAAUUUUUAUCCCUGUUUUGCACUACUGGAAGGGGGCGUUGCAAAGGAGGGCGAGACAGGCUUGUUGGGAGGAGGAUGAGUUCACUAACAUGUCAGUUUCAUGGUCCAAGAUCCUUUCACAUGUUCAAGGAUACCAUCUGUUGCAAUGUCUGAGCAGCUUUGUUGUAUAGUUUCACUUUUCUCUUCUACGAGAAGAGCCUGCCUGAUGCUUGGGGGUGCGGGGGGGUCCCCACUAUGUUAUCCUUAGUGCGUGGAGCACCGUAUUAAUCCGCCACGAGUGCUGUGACUACUUCCCAAGCGAGUCUAUUGAUAGUUUAGAGACCAAAAUGACGUUGAGCGCUAUGUAAGGCCCACCUGUAUAUCUUCCCAAGGGGACAAGAGUGUAGCAAUGAAACCUGAAUAUCAUUUAGAGUAGUCAGUGUACAGCGUUACAUUUACAUCUCCAUUAUUGUGGGAAAACUCUGCCAACACAAGUGAGCACACGUCACAAUGGCCAUCCACUUUUUUUCUUGCUUUAUUGUUGUUUCUUUAAACUUUCAUAUUACUAUUACUUGGUCAUAUGACUUUAAAUAAUGUAUUUUUCUUUAAUAUUUCAAAUUUAUGCUACUGAAAUGACACUUUUUUUGUAUUACAUAAUUAUUCUGUAAAAUUAAAUUUUUCUUUACAAUAUAAUAAUUUAAUCUAAAUAUUUUGACUUUAAUUUCGGCGCUUUAAAUAAGAAAAUAUACAUCUUGUAAAUUUUCUUCAAGUAUUUAUGACUUUAUUCCCAUAAUAUUGUAACUUUAUUCUGACAAUAUUCUAACAUUUCCCCCAGCCUAAUAUUCCAAAAAUUACAAUUUUCUUAAUUUUUUCAUAUUACAGCUGUAAAAUACAACACAUUUUUACUUUAAUAUUUGAACCUUUAUUCUCACAAAAUUACAAUGUACAACAAAUUUUCUAGCAAUAUUUUGCCAUUAAUCCUGUAAGAUUAUGGACUGCUUUUUUUUGUUGUAGAUUUUUUUUUCUUGUAAAAUAACAUUUCUUUAUUCCAAUAUUCUGGCUAUUAUCAUAACGUAAUUUUUUUCCCCUCCAACAUAUUUUUUACUCAUAUUACGUGUUUUGCUCUUCUGUUUAAUAUUCUUAAAACAUGCAUUUGGACACUCCUGUGGACACUUCUUAGAGGCCAUGUUUCCCUCGAUGAACCACAUCUCCCCCAGUGACGGCAGCAGUCAUGCACACCACCACUAUGUCUAACUAUAGGAUAAUCUUGCUCACCUGUGUUGCUGGAUAUUGGAUAUUGACACAAUAAUGGCGGUGUAGACUCUUUCAGUGGCUAGUCACGGUAAAGGAUACACAGGAAGUUUGAUUCCUGUAGUAUUCGAGGUAAAUGUGAGGGGUGUUGUGACUAUUGUGGGGGUAUUGUAUGGGUGUGUAUAAGAGGUGGACUUGAUCUUGCGGAGCCUCUUUGGCUCUUUUUGCUGUGCUGACUUUUGAUGAAUGUUUUGUGUGGACGCCAGAAGCUGCUGUUAUGAUUUGCGCUGAUCUGAGAAGGGUAAUGGUUUAGUUGUCGUCCGCUUCUUUCCCACCCUUUUAGGAUGCCGUUCCACCUUUUGUUUUCUUAUGUCUUUGAUUCUUGCAUACUUGUCUCCAUUGGUUCCACUUAAGAGUUUGAAAACCAUCAUCAGACUUCAGUCUUCCUGAGAGGAGCGCACCCGAGCGCACCCGCAGCUCCGAUUGCACUUCAAGUAGAAAGAAAUGCCUUUGGACUUGGAAACUUAGCAGCCAUAGAAAUAAAGACAGUAAACGUAGCAUAAUGACCCGCACAGGUGUGAAACGUUCCCCUCUCUGACACGAGGAGGCGGAGCCUUUAUGAUAAGAGAGGAGGAGUCAGGAGGCGCUUGAAUGUGUGUGAUAGUGAUAGUCCAGCAUAAUGAAGCGUCGUGCUCACGUCGGGCUUCACGAUGCGUUGUAGCAUCGUCCGACAAAGACGUGAUCCGUGUUGAACGCUGACUUGAAUUGAACGCGCCUUCCCUGACCUGAUGUGAUGAAGAUUAGCUUUAAAAUGCUAACAAAAUAAAUGUUUUAUUGUCAUUUCCUUUCCCGGCUGGGGUUACUUUGCUGUCUGGUCUGACUUCACAGAAAGAAUAUCUUAGCGGUAUCUUACAUUUUACAGCCCCAUGUGAUUGUUUAUUGUUGCAUUGCAAGGAUGACCCCCCCCCCCUCACUUUUUCACUUCCGAUCCCAUCUGAAUUUGGAUAACUGCCGAUACCAGAGCUCUGUGUGCUUGAAUGAUAUGCAACCAACGCCAAAACUAUCAGCAAAUAUAGCUAGAAGAAUAUCAGCCACAUAUGACGAAACGUUCAAGGCUUCACAGACCGUUGGAACUUUUAACAUCGCACGUAACUUCCGCGCCGCUACGCUACAUUGUUGAACUCUACACUUAACUGAUACUCUUUUGGCUAUGUUGGCUGAUAUUCUUCUGGCUAAGUUUGCUGAUGCUUUUUUGGCGACCUUUGCUGAUAUUUUUCUAGCUUUAUUUGCUGAUGCUCUUUUUUGGCUAUGUUUGCUGACAUUAUUUUUGCUAAUAUUCUUUUAGCUACAUUUGCUGAUACGCUAUUAUGCAAUUUUUUCCAGGUACAUUUGCUGAUAUUAUGCUAGCUAUAUGCUGAUGCUCUUGGCUACGUUGGCCGAUUUUUUUUUUCUUGUUACAUUUGCAGAUAUUUUUCUAGCAUAAUUCACUGAUGCUCUUUGGGCUACCUUUUGCGGAUAUUUUUUAGCUAUGUUUGCUGAUGCGCUUGUGUUUUUUUUUUUUUAGAUGUUAGCUGAAACUGUUGUUGCUAAAUUUGUUAAGAUUCCGUUCGCUAAGUUCACUGAUAUUAUCUUGGCUAGGUUUUGCUGCUAUUAUUUUUAGAUACAUUUGCCAAUACUGUUUUGCUGAUAUUCUUUUUGGAUAUGUUUGCUGAUAUGUUUGACUAUGUUUUGCUGAUAUUCUAGCUACUGAUAUUAUUAUUAUUUUGGCUAUUAAAAGCACCGACAUGGCUCAUGGAUCGGACAUCUCCGCAGGUGGUAUCGGUUGUGUCGGAUACGUGAGUUACGCUGGUAUCACAUCUCGAUACUGAUACUGGAUCGGCCCCAUCCUUAAAGCAAACCACAAUCCACGUAUGCUUUUCUACUUGUGUUAAAGGGGACUGUAUGCAACCGUAGAUUGUGCAUAUUUUUCACAAUUAUGAGCUAGUCCGCAUCAAAAUUGAUUUUCUUUCGGCCCGAAUAAAAUAACUGGUGUUCAUGCACAUGUUGUGUAUACACACACACACACACACAAAAGGAUUCGUGUUGUUUUGCGAGGCUAUACAUUCAAUGAUAGCUAACAUUAGUAUCUAAACUUUGCCAAAUCGCUAUCAUUAGCUGAUGACCAGCAUAACUAGUGUGUGUGUGUGUGUGUGUGUGUUACACUGGGGCAUACUGUUGGUUGUCGAAGCAGGAGGUGGGUGACGUAAUGCGUGUACGUUGGGAUGCUGCCCCCCCCCCCCCCAACCUUUUACCUCCAUCCUGAUAUGUGCCAUGUCAAAACCCAAAACAAAUUCAAUCUAAUUGCACCUUUUCUGUGCUCAAACUAAUUGUGUAUUUUUGUCUUGCACUUUGAUUGUUUUUUGUUUUUUUUUUGUUGAAAAAUGUGGUACUUAACCAUGCUGCAGUGUUGUGUGCUUUUCUUCCCGUUUGUGUGUAUGUCUGUGUGUGCGUGCGUGUGUGUGUGUUGUGUGACAGUCAGGAUUAAUCACGUUUCAGCACGAGUAUAUUCUUCAUUCAGACUAUUUUUAUAACCCAGAGGAAGCAGUAUUACGGUGAUUUGAUAGCGCUAGUUCAACGUGGCUGAUGUGUCAGAAAGAAUCAGUAAACACUGGAAAGCAAAUGUACAUUACAUUUGAUGUGAUGCUGAAGAAUCCAAUUUACAUCUUUUGUUCAUUCAAGACAGUGCUGUUGGAUUUAUUGAUGACGCAAAUAAAAAAUCUAGCACAUUUA